ACCUUUUUGUGGAACAAUAGACCAUGGUGUGGAGUUACCGUUGCCCCCAUUACAAUAUUUAUUGGCCAUGUCUGAAGUCUGGGUUUCGCAACCUUGAGUGUUUCAUCCCAGUUCAACGAUCUUGUCGCUCGCAAGCUUCACGAAAUAUCUAUUACCAUCAGAAUCAGAAUGCGAUACCCAACUCCCUCAUCAACUAACCCGUCUGAAAGUUCGCGGGCUACAAAACAUCCCUCUCGAUCCCCCAAAGCAAAUGCCGCCCCCUCCAAAGGUAUCCAUGCUCGCAAGCAUAUUCUCAAAGCAUCCAAGACUCGAGGUGCUUCGGAUUAUGAUCCUAAACCACCAUGCAUCACCGUCCAUGGGUUACCUGGUUAUACCGGUGGCCUCUUACCACCCGAUGUAGUAGACCCUCGCCCACCCGCACCUCCCUUGGACGGUUUCGAAUGUAUUCGCACAUUAGGCGACGGAGCUUAUGGUCAUGUACUGCUCGUACAAGUGCGUGAUCAACCCAACCUAGGGAAACUGGCACGGCCAGGAUCAUUAUUUGCAGUCAAGGUCCUUUCCAAGGAAAGGACGAAAUUCACACAUCAGAAAUACCCUGCGGACACUCAUGCAGAGAGGAUGCACCUAUCGGCUUUGCCCUGGAGUCCCUGGGUGAAUGGUGUCAUAGGCGUCUUCAAAGAUGAAUUGAACCUUUACCUUAUGCUCGAGUUUAUACCGAGCGGGUGUUUCUACGACGUCAUCCAAACGCGCGGCCCUUUUGAUGCUGCCACUGCCCGGUUCUACUUCGCCAAUAUCGUGUCUGGGCUUUAUUUCCUCCAUGGCGAGGGAAUUAUUCAUCGAGAUUUCAAACCAGCAAAUAUCCUUGUUAGACCGGAUGGGUACUUGGCCAUCGCAGACUUUGGAUACGCCCGUUUAGAUAAGAUUGACAACGGACCAAUCACAGAUUGGCUAAUGAUCGGGACACCGCUUUACAUGGCUCCUGAGACCUUAUGUUACCAACACAUGAUAGGAUACAGUGUCGACUGGUGGGCAGCAGGCGUCACUUUGUACGAAAUGCUCACGAAGAGAACGCCAUUCUUCGGUACGGACGAAAACAAAAUAUAUAAGAGGAUCUCCUCGGGGAAGUACAAGUGGCCCAAGGGCCUCCGCGUGAGCGCAUCCCUCAAGUCCAUUGUUGCAGGACUUUUAACCACGACGGCGGAAGAUCGUCUGGGUAUUAAGGGAUCCGUUCUCGACCACCCAUGGCUCGACAAUAUUGAUUUUGAUAAAUUGGAUGCUGGAAACUACAUGGCCCCUUGGAUCCCUGAAGCGCCUGCGCCCACCCAGACGUGGUUAAACAAGGGCCUUCCGCCCCCGCAUCACAUUCCUGGACUCAAACUUUGUCUACCAGCUGUGCACCGCGAGUGGGAUGACCGUCUGCCCAGAAAACAAUUACCUAAUUUUGCGGACCAGUUGUGCACCGCAGGUCGGAUGGCCCAGAAAUAAUUACCUAUCUAGCUGAACCGACUAUCAUGCAUGUCAUGUUUAUUUCGUCGUUAAUUAUACUAUCAUCUAACAUAUGUAGGGAUGGUAUCUAUUUUAUGAAUGCUCGUGUGACUACUGCCACCUGG